GAAUUUGGCAAGCGCUCACUUGAUGCGUAUCGAGCACCCUAUAUGGACCUCACCUGAGGCAUAGAAAGCUCAGCCUACGAAAUGUACAAUUGGAAGCCCGCGUGACUGUAUGAUACGCGUUGAUUUAUUGACUUGAGAUACUCAUCAUGGCGGAUCACGAUUCGACUCUUGGUUCCUCACCUCCAUCGAACAACCGAGACCAAUCCACGAGAGAAAGGCCGUCUCUGGACCUCAGUGCAUUCCCGCCAAUUUAUCUGGGCGCAACACACUUUGACACUGAAGACUUGCACGAAUUUGAGGAGGAGCUCGAUCGAGCUCACGCUGUCCUUACGUACUCAAUCGACGAAGCCGAGAUUGUGCUGAGCAGAGCGGUCAAAACAGCUCGCAUCAAGCUUGAUCUACGAUCGAAAGGUCUUCAUACCGAAGAAGUGCAAGUCAAGCCGACGGUGCCAGCGCUGCCAUCACACGAUAGUGCAUAUGAGUCACAGUCCACUCCAAGGAAGCGCAAGCGUGAUGAGCUUGAGGCUGUGCAACAAGGCAAGCCUGACCCUAUACUCAUUGAAGACUCCAGCACCGAAUCUGAGGGCGAGACUGGCGAUGAGAGCAGGCCAAAUACGGCCAAGAACACUGCGCGUGCUCGUGUCGUGACAAGUGGUUCGGACAAGCCAGAAUUGUCUCCGGAUCGGAUUGUCAAAGUUGUGCGUACUGACUGGUUCAACGAAUCUAGAUCUGCUGGGCGCCUACUUCCAAUAGAGAACUACAUCACGUACGUUGGUCGCGUAGUUCAUGCCCCGGACGAUAAAGCAUCUCAGACAUAUGCACCUUACCGAAAGCUACCCGACGCCGGAGCAGGGAAGCUCUCCGUCUCGAUGCAGAAUGCAUCUGCAAAGACUGCAUUUUCUGGCAGCGAUCUCUUGCAGCGAGCCCGCGAGGAUGCGCCCAAAUCGCAAGUAGCCAGAGAUCGUUUCGGGCGUCGAAAGUACCACUAUCCAAACACCAAGACGCCGUCUGCGAACCCAGCAAGCUGGGAGGCGGGUCACGGAACACAACCCGAAUAUGCACAUUUACUGCACGAGACAACCACAGAACAUGAGGGAUAUUCGAGCGAUCUUCCUGAGGCCCCGGAGUGGGUCAAAGCACACGUUAAGUACGCAUGCCAACGACUAACCCCGAAGGACAAUUGCAACGAUGAUUUCAUCAAUCUACUGGAAGGAAUCAAACUUGCGAGGCUGUUGACCAAUGACGAGAUUGGAGUGCGAGCUUAUGCUACCUCUAUCGCAGCAUUGCGCGCAUAUACACAUAAGCUCAGUAACCCGAAAGAGGUCUUGCGCUUGCCUGGAUGUGAUGCGAAGAUUGCCAACUUGUGGAUCGAAUGGAAGAAUACGGGGAAGAUCAAGGCUGUCGAGGAUGCCCGGGCGGACGAAGAUUUGAAGAUACUAAAGCUUUUCUGGAAUAUUUGGGGCGUGGGUGUCACGACUGCUCGCGACUUCUAUUUUGACAAAGGGUGGCGUGAGAUUGACGAUAUCGUCGAGUAUGGCUGGUCAACACUGCAGCGCGUGCAGCAGAUUGGAGUGAAAUACUACGAUGAGUUCCUGGACCUAAUCCCGCGUGCCGAGGUUGAAAGCAUUUGCAAGAUCAUCCACCGGCAUGCAGUCAAAGUGCGAGACAGCGGGAUUCAGUCCAUGAUUGUCGGCGGUUACAGGCGAGGGAAAGAAGCUUGUGGGGACGUUGACAUUGUCAUAUCGCAUCCGGACGAAGCCGCGACGCACAACAUCGUCGAGGACAUUGUGGCUAGUUUGGAGGAGGAAGGCUGGAUCACGCAUACACUGACACUUUCGCUGAACAACUCGAAGCGUGGCCAACAAACGCUCCCUUUCCGCUCCGAUGGUGGUGGGCACGGUUUCGAUACACUGGACAAGGCCUUAGUUGUGUGGCAAGACCCAACCUGGCCUACCAAAGAUGCUGAUCUGGCUUCGAAUCCCAAGGCGAAGAACCCGAACAUUCAUCGCAGGGUGGAUAUAAUCAUCGCGCCAUGGCGCACUGCUGGUUGCGCAGUGGUUGGCUGGAGUGGCGCGACAACAUUUGAACGUGAUCUGCGACGUUAUGCGAAGAACGUCAAAGGCUGGAAGUUCGACAGCUCGGGUGUUCGAGAUCGUGGGAGUGGCGAAGUCAUCGAUCUUGAAGGCUAUUAUGGAUAUGGCGGGAAGGAGGGAGCGGCGGGACGGGCGAAGACGCUCGAGGAGGCGGAGCGGAGAGUGUUUGAAGGUUUCGGGCUGGAGUAUCGAACGCCGACCGAACGGUGUACGAAUUAGCUAAGUACACUGUGUGAAUGGUAUUCAUAGUAACAACAUGCCACCCUCCUGUCUCACGCUCACUGCGCUCCUUGCCAGCCAGCGCAGCCAGCGGCAGCCAUGCAUAACGCACUACUGUACGCGCCGGGUCCGCGCUACGUGUCAGACCAUUUUUGAAUCCCACCCCUGCUCCUGCCUUUC